UCUUUGUGGUCUCACCUCCAGAUGUUCCUCAGCUCUCUCCUCAGUUCUUUCUGCUCAACACUCAAGACUGACUGAACUGAUCCUGAGGGGCAACAGCAUGGAUAAUUCCGGAGUGGAUCAGCUGUGUGAGGGGCUGAGGAGUGAAAACUGCAAAGUAGAGAAACUGGACCUGGUCUCAUGUGAUCUCACCUCCAGAUGUUCCUCAUCUCUCUCCUCAGUCCUCUCUUCUCCUAAGUCACAGCUGACUGAACUAGACCUGAGAAACAACAAACUCGGAGAUUCAGGAGCUCAUCAGCUGUGUGAGGGUCUGCGGACCCCAAACUGUAAAUUAAAGACACUUUGGCUGUGGUUUAAUGAGAUCAGUAAGAGUAAGAAGGAGAACCUGAAGUCACUACAGGAGGAGGUGAAUGGGACUGGACGGCAGGUGGAUAUCAGCAUAUGGUGAAGACUGGACAUGCUGAUCAACUAACCCCCAGUGAUGGCGCCCCCUGUCCACUCCUUCUAAAUUCUUCUCUUUAUUCUUUUAUAAUCUCCUCAGCUCUUCUCCAUGUUUACUAAAUUCUCCAUGUCUUCUUCUCAGCCUGUGUCUUCUUCUUCUUCUUUAAACUCACUUGUGUUUCUCCACCCUGUCACCCUCAACUGGUCACCAAACACUACAAUGUCAGACCAGAUACCCCUGAGUUUCAUCAGCCAGAGAACCAUAGUGAGAAUUGUCCUCUGAAACCGGCAGGGGUCACAAAGCCCACUGAGGAGAGCAGAAGGAGCAAACACCAGUGGACAGUCCAGUUGUAAAGUGUGUGAUGAAGCAGGUCCACUCCACGCUCCCAUCUUCUUUACGAGAGCCCUGAACCCAACACCAUCGGUAAUGUCACCGACAUGAGUUGAAAAAUGAGGACACUUCUCAAAUGAAGCCAGG